AUGUCAAAGAAAAGCACAAACCGAUCGCAAAUCAACAUAACCUCUAAUAAGCUGUCGUAUUAUUCCCCUAAAGGAAGAAGAAACUCUGAAGUGCAAGGGAAUCGUCUGGUCAACAAGAAUGGCAAAGUUCAUCUACGAUCCUCCAACAUCCCUCAGAAGCGAGAACGAUUCUUGGCCGAUUUCUUCACAUCUUUCAUUGACGCAAAAUGGCGUUGGGUGUUCGCGUUAUAUGCAGUGGGUUUUCUUUUCAGUUGGUCGUUUUUUGGUACCGUUUACUUUGUCAUAUUUUGGUUCAGGCUAAAAUAUGACUACGAUGUAGUUUGCGUAGAAGAGGUGGACUCUUGGACAUCUGCUUUCUUGUUCUCAGUGGAGUCACAAACGACAAUUGGAUAUGGUGGAAGACAGGUCAGUAAUAAACAACAACAACAAUAACAACUUUUUAAAACUAUGGUGAAUGGGUAAGGAAGCUACUGAUAGGUAAGGGUUUAAGUUAGGUUUUGUCCCCAUUUUUCAUUUUCCCGUUCCCCGUGAUCGUUAGCUGUUUUCCGUUUCCCGUUUAAGUAACAACCAAUGUUUUGAGUGAAGUCAGAACGAGCCACGUGUAUGUAGCACACAACACACAUUUCAUGAUGUUAUCCGUGAACUUAACCCACAAUUAUCACCUCACUACGUCAUCGGUGUGAACGCUGGUUAAACUGACCUUAUCGAGCAGCGCUGUUUCGCAUCAGACCAAGAACCCAAGAGAGUAAAAAAAAGCGCGUAACAUGCUAAAAAAAACUGAGCAUGAAAAUAAACAGAAUAAAAGAGUAACAUUGGAUUUGUUCUAUUAGCUUACUGCCACAAAAAAUGAAAACAAAGUACAAUUAUAUAUGCGAUUUACUAUUAAAUUGAUGGCAAGUAGACUGAAUCACCUCAUUUUUAUGUGGGGAUGCUUCAAUAUUACUAUUUGCGUGAUGUCAGUCGUUUGCGGUAUUUUGUAAGUCUUUUCAAGAUUAGACUUUGAUAAAACCACUUAACACCAUAGCCAGAAAAAUGCCGAUAGAAGAUAGUAUCGUUCUGCACACGUAUCAUGUUUUGAAGAUAACUAGUCGUAAUUAUAAAGCAAAGCCGACGCUUUAACGGGUUACUCAAAUCUUCGCAAUGUGCUUUAUACACAGUGCUGAGCAAAGAAUUGUGAAACAUGCUGUAGAAAGCCAACUUGAUAAGUAAGCGAUAUCGUUAGAAAUAUCGCUGAAGUUUUGACGGAAUCCAUUAGGAAAUUGAGUAAUUUUAAUUUUCAAUGGUAUUGCAUUCUUUUUUCAACUUUUCGAGGGCUAUAAAUGAAAUAAGUUAUAUGAAAUAACUCCAAGAAAAGGUUCUUAUGGGAGCCCGAGAAAACAAACUUCAAAAACUUCAAAUUUCACAAAAUGAAAUCUUACGCAUGACGAUUUUACCUGUGUUUUCUCAAUUUCUGUGAAAUUUGAAAUUUACUUUCUCGGGCUCUCAUAAGAACCUUUUCUUUGGAGUUAUUUCAUGUAACUUAUUAUUACAUUUUAGCCCUUGAAAAGUGUAAAAAUGAAUUCGAUAUGACUUAAAAUAUUCUGGUACAAGGUUUUUGUCCACUGAUAAUUUAAAUUACUCAAUUUGUUGAUGGAUUCCGAUCUCAAAGCUCUAUAUUGAUGGGAUGAAGAAUGAUACAGCUUUAUCCGCUUAAAAUAAGCUAACAUUGUUAUAAGUACGUUAAAUAUGAUGCUGUGGGUGAGUGUAGUUCUGAAAAGAAAUGUUGACUUUUCUGAUUCCACCAAUUUAUCGUAUCAAGAUCAUGUUAGAUUACAGAAACAGAGGGAAACAAAAAAGUGAUAUUGACUUUCUUUAUCGUGGCGGGUAUUAUUGCUUUGCAUAGAGCUAAAACACAUAUCAGUAAUGACGACGUCAUUAUCUUAUUGUUUUACCGAUAAUCACUUGUAACGUUAAUUGCUUUAUAAAGAGCAUGAAUUUAUUCUUGUAUUGAACAAAUUGACCACAAUUUCCUAUUGUCUAAAAUCAGAUCCUAUAGUAUCAGAAAUGACGUCAUGAAAUUAAUGCUCAAAGUUCAGGUUGUUUCACUGCACCAUUCAACAUUAUAUAGCGCUACCGAAGUUUAAAUAGAUAAGCUGUUAUGUAUGUUGAUUUGUAGUGUUUCGGUCAUUCGCCUCUUGGGUAAUAAUAAUUGUUUUUCCUUUUUCUUUUUUCUUUUAAAAUAUAGAUUACCUCAGAAUGCCCCGAGGCAAUUGUGUUUCUUCUGCUGCAGUCCCUCGUGGGUUUCAUGCUGUCCACGUCGCUUCUAGGCCUCAUUUUUGCCAAACUUUCCCGUCCUCGUCCCAGGGCCCAAACGGUAGUUUUCUCGAAAACUGCCGUUAUUGCUCCUUCUGAUGGAUUUUUCUCUCUGAUGUUUCGUGUCGGUGAUGCGCGUAAAAGUCAGUUACUAGAAAUUACGAUAUCACUGCAUUGUUUCCGAUUUCACACCACCGAGUCAGGUCAGGAGAUUCUACUCUCCCAGCAGGAACUACCCAUCAGCACUGAACAUGGUAUCGAGACAGGCGAGCGAAUUUCUCCAUUUCUUUUGUUACCUUUGACAAUAGUUCAUGCCAUAGAUAAUCGCAGUCCGCUCUACCAACUUGGAGCUCAAGACCUCGCGUCUUCCCGCUUGGAAAUAGUGGCUGUUUUGGAGGGCGUUGUCGAAAACACAGGCAUGGUAACUCAGGCCAGAGCUUCAUACUUGGGGGAAGAAAUUGUCUGGGGCGAAAAGUUCCAUCCCAUUCAAUUUAUACGUACCAACAAUGAGCGAAGAAUGAAAGCUGAUCUAUCUUCGUUUGACAACACGUACCGAGUCACAAUGCCAGCUCUGUCUGCCAAGGAAUACGAGGAGUCGAAGGACAAAGGGGUAGAAUACGUCGAGUUUGAACAUUCUGAAAAAGACAAAAAAGAAGAAACAAACGGCGUCUGCGAAUGUCAAGUUUGGAUUCCAACGGAGCAAGCUCCAGAUCUAUCCACAUAGCCCUGAAACAUCCGUUAGUAAUAAUGACGGCAAAGUUCUUUGAAACGUUUGUAAUUAACACACACUUUCAAGAAGUCUUGUUUGUAACAGCGAAACGAGUAGUAAGAAGUUCAAAUGAAUUUUUUUCCCAAGGCCCUGGACAGUAUAGGUUAAAAAAAUCUAUAGGAAUCGACGACUAAUUCGCUAUUACUUCCAGGAAAAGUCUAGACGGAAAAAGUUGACGCUAAAGUGCUUUUCAGUGCGCGCGCGCUCUCCAGAAGUCCCAGAAUGAAGGGAUGAAUACCUGUUGUCUUAUUCGAACUUUUGGUUUAACUUAGACAAACAGAAUACAACCUCAUCCCCAGAGCUUUUCCCCAACAAAAUUGGUGGUUUCCCGCUUGUUCCAUUUUCUAAGGGGAAAGCCCUGGGAACGAGGUUAAAAUCGAAUAGAAAUCUUUAUCACGUUUUUCUCAUGGAGAUAAUGAAAUUGGGCAUGUUUCGCAUUUUGAUUCAGUCAUAAUUACAUGCACGUUCCUGAGCUUUUUUCCGCUUUUGAGUCGCACUCACUACGAAGGGUCCUUUGGGAAAUUGCUUUGGUUACUUUUUCAACUUCGCCGAAGUAACAAAGUACAAAACCGAACUAGAAUUAUAUUACAAUAUUACGCAAAUGCGCAUAAGUACAGGCAGGGACACCUUAAAACCAAACACAGAUUAGCUCUGCAGGUUAGUGCAGACCUAGAACCAUAGUUAAUGGAGGUGACUGGUUAUGAAGCCCGGCAAACAUCAAAGGAGCAAACAAAGAUGUUAAGAUUUAUGNAUUCCAACGGAGCAAGCUCCAGAUCUAUCCACAUAGCCCUGAAACAUCCGUUAGUAAUAAUGACGGCAAAGUUCUUUGAAACGUUUGUAAUUAACACACACUUUCAAGAAGUCUUGUUUGUAACAGCGAAACGAGUAGUAAGAAGUUCAAAUGAAUUUUUUUCCCAAGGCCCUGGACAGUAUAGGUUAAAAAAAUCUAUAGGAAUCGACGACUAAUUCGCUAUUACUUCCAGGAAAAGUCUAGACGGAAAAAGUUGACGCUAAAGUGCUCUUCAGUGCGCGCGCGCUCUCCAGAGGUCCCAGAAUGAAGGGAUGAAUACCUGUUGUCUUAUUCGAACUUUUGGUUUAACUUAGACAAACAGAAUACAACCUCAUCCCCAGAGCUUUUCCCCAACAAAAUUGGUGGUUUCCCGCUUCUUCCAUUUUCUAAGGGGAAAGCCCUGGGAACGAGGUUAAAAUCGAAUAGAAAUCUUUAUCACGUUUUUCUCAUGGAGAUAAUGAAAUUGGGCAUGUUUCGCAUUUUGAUUCAGUCAUAAUUACAUGCACGUUCCUGAGCUUUUUUCCGCUUUUGAGUCGCACUCACUACGAAGGGUCCUUUGGGAAAUUGCUUUGGUUACUUUUUCAACUUCGCCGAAGUAACAAAGUACAAAACCGAACUAGAAUUAUAUUACAAUAUUACGCAAAUGCGCAUAAGUACAGGCAGGGACACCUUAAAACCAAACACAGAUUAGCUCUGCAGGUUAGUGCAGACCUAGAACCAUAGUUAAUGGAGGUGACUGGUUAUGAAGCCCGGCAAACAUCAAAGGAGCAAACAAAGAUGUUAAGAUUUAUGUUAGAAGGUCCACGACCCUGCACAAUCUUUUGUUUUGCGUUCAUACGUUAUGCAUGAAUUACGUAACCAGCACGUUUCUAUUGGUUAGUUCCUCAGUACGGAGUAAAGAACUAUUGUGUUUUGUGCAGGGUCAAGGCCAAAAAAGAGAACAAAAACAUACAACAAAGAACUUUGUCGGGUUUUAUAACCAUUCCCUCUAUUAACUAUGCUAGAACACAGAAAACAAAAAUGACAAGAAGUCUCAAAGUAACAAUUGAGCUUUUUCUACACAGAGGGUAAGAAAAGUCAUCAGGAAAAAACGAAACCAAUUUUGCUGCAGGGAACUUGCCCCAUGCUCUACUAGACAAAAAGAGCAAUUAAACUUCGCCAGAGCUCGCCGACAUUUCAAAGGUGUUUUGUAAAGAUAUCAAAUUGGCAACAAUCUUUCAACUCGACAAGGGAAAAAUAUUCUUUAGACAAAAAAAUUAGGAGUGCAUCAAACCUUUCGAAAUCCAUCCGGAUGGUGUUGCCUAUCACGCAAGACAGUCUGCGAUUGAGACCAUUAGUAAUAAGGGACGACUCACAAUAAAACCCAAGUUAUUUUUUUGUACUUUCGAUAAUUAUUUUUUAUACAAAUAUGUACAUAACAGGAGCCCAUAUAGUAAUUACAUUUAUAACGUACAAGUAUCAUUGCUUUCCCGUUUAUACUGCAACUAUUUCCAGCCAUUUGGCAGCUCUUGCCUGUACAGUAAAGUUUAGCCAAAUAAAAAUUCCUCUGAUUUUUCAGUUGAAGUGCAUGUUUAUGUACCGCGGAUCAGGGGGCGUGGAAGAAAAUUACGCACGGUCAUCGUGAUUCCCCGUACACCUUGGUUUACUUGUUUACUUUGUCAUGUAAGAAAAGGGGUAAGAAAGGAGGAAGCAGGCGUGUGGGAUGGGAGAAAAACCAAAGAAGUCCCCUCUUACCUUUUGUUCCGCCCUUAACAAUCGUUUACUAGUACCGCAGUCUCUCGCACUUUGCGUGUUGAACAUCCCGUAACUUCUGUAAUCUUCUGACGUCUUAGGGUGUUGCCUUGGGUGUAACUCAUCCACUUAGUGUAGUCCAC